CUCUCCUGCCCCUCCGCCCCCCCCCCGCCUCGGCGCCCCGCCGCCCGCUGGCCUCCAUGACACCCCGCCCCGGCGCCGUCCGACGCCUGCUGGCCGUAUGCCAGGAUCUGUUGACCGUUCCCGGGACGGAUCCCUGCCUGUGGGCACUCGGCGGCCGGGGGCGUGGCGCCUGCACGGGCGGCAUGUGUCGGGCUGCUUGCCUCCUCCUGGCGCCCUUCUCCGCGGUGCCGCCGUUCAUCGUCAUCGCCCACGUGGCGGCCAUCGGGGUGGGGCUGUUAAGCGGGUGGGCUCGGGCCUCGCCCGGCGCGGGGCCCGCCGGGUUGACCGCCACACCGGUGGCCGAGGCCCGCCUGGCCGGGCAGCUCCUCAGCCACCUGGGCUUCUGGGUGUGUGAGGUCCUGGCCCAGGUGCUGAAGCGCCUCGUCCGCCAGGCCCGGCCGGUGUCGCUGGCCAGCGGGCCGGUGCCGCUGGCCUCCGGUCACGGAUGGCCCUCCUCACACACGCAGUUCAUGGUUUUCUGCCUGGCCUAUUUUGGCUGCCUACUGGUGGCGGCCGGCGACCCGGGGGUUCCGGCGAGUGGCCGGCGGCUGGCCGCCUGCCCCGAGGCCGGGCCGUUGGCGCGCCUCCUCCUGCCGCCGGGCACCAGCGGCCACGCGAAGGUCGCCCUCACCGGGCUCCUGGCCGCAUUGACCCUGCUGGUGGCCAUCCAGCGCCUGGCAUUCCAGCGCCACUUCCCGCACCAAGUCCUGGCCGGGGCCUGGGUUGGACUGGCUCUCGCCAUCGGCUGGCUGUGGGUUGUGUCCCGGCCGGCGGCCUGGGACCCGGCCCUGCGCCUGGCACGCUGGCUGCUCAGCCUGCCGGGUGUCCUCCUCGGGCCUGGACGCCUCUCGGCCCUCGGCCCCGAGCCCGCGGCCGCCACCACCCGAGCAGACCUCUGAUCAGCCUUCCCCCGCCUUUGACACAUACACACACGCGCACACGCGCGCACACACACACACAUAGACGCC